ACACUCUUUUCAUCACAUCGCACUCUGUUUAAUAUGGCUUGUCAAAAAUUUCAAACUCUUGGCUCAGGAUCCUACGGCACUGUGUUUCUUGGCCGACUGCUUUCUUCAUCUUCAUCAACUGAUUCGCCCCUGUUCGCCGUCAAGUCUUCAAAGCUAGAGUCUUCAAGCUCACUUAGGGUUGAAGGGCGACUCUUGAAUGCACUCCGAGGAUGCCCCUAUAUCGUCCAGUGUUUCGGAGAAGACACAAGCGUAGAACACGGAAGGGCUGUCUACAACCUUUUACUGGAGUAUGCUCCGGGUGGGUCACUGGAGAACCUGAUCAAGUCUCGCACUGGAAGACUCUUAGAAUUCGAGGUAUCUUUCUAUGCUUAUCAGCUUUUGAAGGGGAUUCUGGACGUUCAUAGGCGAGGGUUGGUUCACUGUGAUUUGAAACCUGCGAAUGUCCUUGUCUUUCCGUGUGGGUUUGGGAUGAAUCGUCUGAAGAUCGCAGAUUUUGGACUGAGUAAGGUGGCUGGAGUUAACAUUUUUGGAGGUUGUCACCGCGGGUCAUUGCUGUAUACCUCGCCGGAGUCAUUGGUUUCGGGGAUGCACGAGGCGCCCAAGGAUAUAUGGGCUAUAGGUUGCAUGGUGGUGGAGAUGAUUACCGGAAACCCAGUCUGGAGGUUCCGGGACAGCAAGGAUGCGUUUCUAAACAUAUCAUUCAAGAAACCCGAAAUCCCAGAGGGCAUAUCGAAUAGCUGCAAGGAUUUUCUUGAGAGGUGCUUUGAAAGAAAUCCCACUACGCGAUCAACUGCAGCUGUUUUACUUAAUCAUCCAUUUGUUGCGAACGAAUUCAAUCGACUGUUGGGGCAAAAGUUGGAGAAGGAUCAUCAAGUAAUUGGAGGAUGGAGUUCCAAUGUUGGGCUGUUUUCGACUAAGAUACUAUAUGGAUAUAUUCCCCCCUAUGUUGUCACUUGAAGGAUCACCUGUGGGGGUGACAAAAGAUUGGACAGCAGUAUUGGCUAUCCUCAAGGAUAAUCUGCUGCAUACAAUUGUUA